AUGAAAAAUUGUUCAGCAGGAGUUGUUCCAAUUCAAAAAGGGGACAAAUUUAGUCUCAUGCAGUGUCCAAAGAAUGAUGUAGAACGAAAAGAAAUGGAGUCAAUUCCUUACUCUUCUAUUGUUGGAAGUUUGAUGUAUGCUCAAACUUGCAUAAGACCGGAUAUUAGUCUUGCGGUCGGAAUGCUAGGAAGAUAUCAGAGUAACCCCGGAAUUGAUCACUGGAAAGCUGCAAAGAAAGUUUUGAGGUACCUGAAAGGAACGAAGGAUUAUAUGCUCACGUAUAGGAGAUCCAACAGUUUGGAAGUUAUUGGUUACUCGGAUUCAGAUAACGGUGGAUGUGUUGACACUAGAAAGUCCACUUUUGGUUACUUGUUCCUAUUAGCUGAAGGAGCAAUAUCAUGGAAGAGUGCUAAGAAAUCCGUCAUUGCUACAUCCACAAUGGAAGCAGAAUUUGUGGCAUGUUUUGAAGCCACAAUUCAUGCAUUAUGGCUGCGGAACUUUAUUUCAGUACUUGGGGUUGUCGACACCAUUACCAAGCCGCUGAAAAUUUAUUGUGAUAAUACUGCAGCAAUAUUCUUCUCCAAGAACGAUAAGUACUCCAAAGGUGCCAAACAUAUGGAAUUAAAGUACUUUACCGUCAAGGAUGAAGUUCAGAAACAAAGGGUGUCACUUGAGCAUAUUAGAACUGAUCUCAUGAUUGCAGAUCCGUUAACUAAAGGUUUACAACCAAAGAUAUUUAAAGAACAUGUACAUAGAAUGGGUCUUGGUUGUACUUAUGAUUAA